CCGUGCAGUGUGGGGCAUUGUUUUUUGGCACCCGGGCCCGGCGAUUUGUCCACAAAGUUUUGUACGGGUCAGCGUGUCGGCACAGCUCGGGCGCAUGCCUUGCGUCCCUUUCUCGACUGGGAGGCAAAGAACACGCUGAACCGCAAGAACAGCAGCCGUUGCUUCCUGGUCCGCCUUGCUCUGCUCAUGGCGAUCUCCGGAGCGACGACGAUGGUGGCCUUGGACUUUGGAUCGACCUUGGCGGCAAGAGAUCCAGAGGCGCGUGAGGGGGCGUGCGUGUUGGCCGCGGGCGGCGCCGCUGUGGCCGAAUCGGCCGUAGGCUCGCCGGAUUCCGCCGUACGAGCGGGUAUGCGCCAGUUGGAUCAGGGGGCGGCUUUGACUGAUAUCGAGUUCUCCCGAGCGUCAGACACAACGUUUAGUUCUGGGGGCGGAGAUGUGGCGUCCGCAACCCCCGCCGGCCGUCGUCUCGUACACCCCCAUCCAGUCCAUCCACCGUGGUGGCACGGCGGCAUCCUGCGUGACAAUCAGUUCUGGGGGCGGGGGGCGGCGACGAGAUGUCGGUCGUCGUCUCGAGUUGCGCCGUGCAGUCUUCACGUCAUGGCGGCCCAGCUCCAGCAAACACCACCACCCGCGUUGGCUGGAAGCGCAGGUACCUGCUGAAUCUCUGUCGCCUGCGGGGUCGGCCGGCGACACCGGGAAAAUCUUCGAUGCUGUGUCUUGCAAGAUGGGCGCAGCUCGCCGUGCACAGUGUUCAGGAUUGGGCUUCGUUCACGCCGGGGGAGGGGAUGGCCCAAAGGUGUGAGUGCGUUGAUUUAAUUAAGUGCGUCAGGGCGUGGUUGGGGGGUUGGUUUCGCUCGACCGCGUGUGCCCAUCUGUGUUCUGACAUGAGGUACAUCCAGACUUUUUACCGGCCGACCGCUGUACAUAACAGCCCGGGUGAUUUAUUACAUUUAAUGGAAUAUUACAUUAAAGUGGCGAUUACAUGUAGUUCUACUU